AACUUCAAAUAAGUACUUGUGUUUUUUAAUCUAAAAGAUUAUGUACAUACAACUUCGAAAUAAACAUAAAACAGUAGUCAUUCGGUUAUCAGUACUUUAAGGAUAUCCUGCUUGAACAAGUUGAUUUUUAUAUAUUAAAAGUUUAUAAAGUCUCGUAUUGAUUAGUCAUGAGCAAGCUAUGCAGGCAAGUUUCCAUAGAGUCACCUGGAUCAGCUCUAAGGGAAUGUGUAUUUAGUUUUGAUGUUCCAGUGCCCGAUGUACCCAUGUAUGGAGCCAGAAUUAGAGUUGUAUAUGCUGGGGCUUGUUAUAGAGCUCAUCGCACUCGUUCUGCCUCAGUGUGUAGUACGUCAUCUGUUUCGUCCAUUGGAAGUCUCUCUGGAGAAUUUGAGGGUUUUGGUUUCCAUUCAACAACUCCAUCACAUAUUGGCUUCCGCGAUGGUGCUCUUUUCCCAGGAUAUGAGGUAGCUGGAAUUGUCGAUGCUAUUGGAAAAGCAGCGGAGACGGACGGCAUUUGUGAAGGAGCUAGAAUCGUCCUAUAUCCUUAUGAGGGUGUACCACAUGGGUAUGCAGACUUUAUUGUUGUUCCAGAUUUUAAAUGCCUUGUGCCAGUUCCAGAUAGCUUGCCUUUGAGUGUAGCUGCAAUGUUACCAACAGGCGCCUUAUUAGCCACAAAUACUGUAUAUACAGCAAUUGAUAGCCUGAACAAAAUCAUUGAAGGUCCUAAUGGGAAGGAUAAAGCAACAGUAUUAAUUGUUGGAACUGGUGGCUUAGCUCUAUGGGCUCUUCGCAUUGCAUCCCAUUUCUUUAAACAAAGCCCACACCAUUCGAAAAUUAAUAUAUCUGUUGCAACAAUUAAAGAUGAAGGCUUUGUAGCCAAUGAAAGUGAAGAGGUGAAAGUCGUACAAUGGUCUGAAGAUUUAUAUGAACGCCAAUUGAUUGAACGCACAACAGAUGCCUGUGGAGGACCAGUCGAUAUUGUACUCAACUUUGGUACCACAUCACGAUCAUUGCAUCGAUCACUGCAAUGUCUUGCUCCUGGUGGCCUGGUUCUUGUGACUGAGGAUGUUGGUGAGAAAUUGCUACCGAAAUUUGCUAAGAAGGCAGAAGAUAUGAAUGUUAGCAUUGUUGUUGUACCAAAUGGAACAAUUGAACAGUUAAGAGAACUAGUUCAGCUAGUUGCUAAUGGCGAGAUCGAACCUCCCCCACAUUCAGUCUUUCCAGCGGAUGAAGCACAGGAAGUAGUGAGAAAGCUUUGUAAUUCUGAGAUACAAGGUCGAGCAAUUUUGAAAUUUCACGAUGUUGACUAGACUGCCUCAUCAGUAAUUGAUAACAAUAGAAAAACUGGUCAGGUUUCGGAUACAAAAAUGCUACAAAGCGCAAUGUAUAGUAUUAAUUCAACAAAAUAAAUAUGACUCCAGUAUUUGAAAAUUAAAAUAUGCUUGUUUAGUUGCCAAAUAUUAUAUAUUUUUAGUGAUUGGCCAAUUAUAAUUUAUAGAUUAUAAAAAAUUAUUAAUUAUACAAACUAAUUCUUAAUAUCAAACAAAUAUACAAGAUAUUAUAAUAUGUAGUCUUUAAGAAAUUCCGUAUGUGUAUAGUUAUUAUUAUUUAUAAAACUAUUAUGCCUAUUUUAGUGUGACAAACGGCAAUUCAUUGUAAUUUAAGCCUGGCGAUUGAUAGCUUCAUUAAGUCUAAUUUGUGUGAUAUAUCGGACAAUUAUUGUUAAUUGAGUCAUUAAAAUAUUUACUUCCAUAAAUAAGUAUCCUAUAUUUGGUAUACUAAAGAUACUGUUAUUGUAGCACGUAGGCAUUAAGGAUAAUGGUAAAAUUUUAUUUAACUCAUGAAUCAUUAACAAAUGAGUUAAACAGAACGAGAUUAAUGUAUGUUUGCAUUGCCUCGUGAAUAAAUCACUCAAAUUAUAUUUGAGUCAACAAAUUGAGAUAGGAUUGAGUCAGUAGCACUAGUGUCAUUGUUCAAGUGAUAUUUGGUGAAAUUUUUACGCAAGUUUAUUUUAUAGACAAAGUACAGAAAUGAAAGUAUUUUAAAAUGUCUAGUCAUGUAAUUUGAGUGAAAAAGUUAUUUUUAUUUACCCUCAACUGAUGUUACAAGUAUUCAUUUUAUGUAGAUA